AUGCCUCCCUCAAGACCACGCCCCAGUGCUGUGGACACAGAUACAUCUAUGUCGGAUGCUCCAGACGCUCGUCGCGAAGACCGCAUGGAGGUUGACGAAACUCCCGACUACACCGACUCAGAUACCAAUCCCAACACGACAGCGAGUAGCGUGGUUGGAGAUGCGGCUCCCGAUGGACGCAAGAAACGAUCCGAGGCGAAUCAGCUCCGCCGCAGUAUUUUUGGCAGGAAACACGACCGCCUUGGAGAAUCAAAGGAAGAAGACACUCUCCGGAGAUUUCGGUACCUGCUCGGCCUAACUGACUUGUUCCGCCACUUCAUCGAAACCAAUCCCGACCCUAAGAUUCGGGACAUCAUGAUUGAGAUUGAUCGUCAGAACGCUGAAGCUACAAAGAGCAAGAAGGCUGGCGCUCGUCAGGGUGGUGCCACCAAUGAAAGACGCCGUCGAACUGAGGCAGAAGAGGAUGCCGAACUUCUCCGCGACGAGAAACAUGGCGGAUCAGCUGAGGUUGUCUUUCGAGAAUCGCCCUCUUUCAUUCAGGGUGAAAUGAGAGACUACCAGGUUGCCGGUCUUAAUUGGCUGAUUUCACUGCACGAGAACGGUAUCUCUGGCAUCCUUGCCGAUGAAAUGGGUCUUGGCAAGACAUUGCAGACGAUAUCCUUCCUCGGGUAUCUUCGCCACAUCAUGGGCAUUACUGGACCCCAUCUCGUCAUUGUCCCCAAGUCCACCCUCGAUAACUGGAAGAGAGAGUUCGCGAAAUGGACACCCGAGGUCAAUGUCUUGGUCCUACAAGGCGCCAAGGAGGAGCGUCAGCAACUGAUCAAUGAGCGCUUGGUAGAGGAAAAGUUUGACGUCUGCGUCACCAGUUACGAGAUGAUCCUCCGCGAGAAGGCCCACCUCAAGAAGUUCGCAUGGGAGUACAUCAUCAUUGACGAAGCGCAUCGAAUCAAGAACGAAGAGUCGUCGCUGGCUCAGGUCAUUCGUCUUUUCAACUCGAGAAACCGUCUCCUGAUUACCGGUACACCCCUUCAGAACAAUUUGCACGAGCUGUGGGCUCUCCUCAACUUUCUGCUACCGGACGUGUUCGGUGACUCGGAAGCCUUCGACCAGUGGUUCUCAGGCCAGGACCGAGACCAGGACACAGUUGUUCAGCAACUACACCGCGUGUUGAGACCUUUCCUCUUGCGCCGUGUCAAGGCUGAUGUCGAGAAGAGCCUGCUGCCGAAGAAGGAAGUCAAUGUAUACCUCGGCAUGUCUGAGAUGCAGGUCAAGUGGUACAAGAAGAUUCUUGAAAAGGACAUCGACGCAGUCAAUGGGGCUGGCGGCAAACGCGAGUCCAAGACCCGAUUGCUCAACAUUGUCAUGCAGCUGCGAAAGUGCUGUAACCAUCCUUAUUUGUUCGAAGGUGCUGAGCCCGGUCCUCCGUAUACGACUGACGAGCAUCUGAUUUAUAAUGCCGCGAAGAUGAAAGUCCUCGAUAAGCUGCUUGUCAAGUUCCGACAGCAGGGCAGCCGAGUCUUGAUCUUCUCGCAGAUGAGCCGUUUGCUGGACAUUCUCGAGGACUAUUGUGUGUUCAGGGAGUACAAGUACUGCCGAAUCGACGGUGGCACAGCCCACGAAGACAGAAUCGCUGCCAUCGACGAGUACAACAAGCCUGGAUCCGAGAAGUUCGUGUUCUUGUUGACAACAAGAGCGGGUGGUCUCGGUAUUAACCUCACGACUGCUGACAUUGUCAUUCUCUUUGAUAGUGACUGGAAUCCGCAGGCCGAUCUGCAGGCUAUGGAUCGCGCUCACCGUAUCGGCCAGACAAAGCAGGUCGUAGUCUAUCGAUUUGUCACCGAUAACGCUAUCGAGGAGAAGGUUUUGGAGAGGGCAGCUCAGAAGCUCCGUUUGGACCAACUCGUCAUCCAGCAGGGUCGAGCACAGGCUGCGGCCAAGGCUGCGGCCAACAAGGACGAGCUGCUUUCCAUGAUUCAACACGGCGCCGAGAAGGUAUUCAACAGCAAGGGCGCGACUGAUGCAGCGGCAGAGGGCGACAGCGUUGGUGACGAUGACAUCGACAAGAUUUUGGCAUUCGGUGAAAGUCGUACAAAGGAGCUCAAUGCCAAAUACGAGAAGCUCGGAAUCGACGAUUUGCAGAACUUCACAUCUGAAUCUGCUUACAACUGGAACGGCGAGGAUUUCAAGAGUCAGAAAAAGGACAUUGGCAUGACGUGGAUCAAUCCGACCAAGCGCGAGCGCAAAGAACAAUCCUACUCCAUGGAUGCCUACUUCAGGCAGACGAUGUACCCGCCAAAGGAGAAGGACAACAAGCCUAAGGCCCCCAGGGCCCCUAAGCAAGUCGUUGCUCACGAUUGGCAAUUCUUCCCACCAAGACUCCGAGAUCUGCAAGAUCGUGAGACGGCGUACUACCGGAAAGAGAUUGGCUACAAGGUUCCGCUGGCUGAGGGCGAGGGCGACAAUGUAUCAGAUCGCGAGGCCGAACGUGCUCUUGAUCAAGAAGAGAUAGACAACGCCACGCCCCUGACUGAAGAGGAACAGGAGGAGAAGGCAGAAUUGUCACAGCAAGGCUUUGGCGAUUGGAAUCGACGAGACUUCCAACAGUUUGUCAACGCUUCGGGUCGAUACGGCAGGACAGACUACGAGAGCAUCGCCGGCGACAUUGACCACAAGGAGGCUGCUGAAGUCAAGCAAUACGCCAAGGUUUUCUGGCAGCGAUACAGCGAGAUUGCAGACUACACAAAGUACCUCAAAACGAUUGAGGACGGAGAGGAGCGCAUGCGCAAGAUUGAGCACCAGCGCAAGCUGUUGCGAAGAAAGAUGCAGCAGUACCGCGUCCCCUUCACGCAACUCAAGAUUAACUACUCGGUCUCUACCACCAACAAAAAAGUGUAUACUGAGGAAGAAGACCGGUUUCUCCUGGUGCUCCUUGAUCGCCACGGCGUCGACACGCCGGGCCUCUAUGAGACGAUGCAGCAGGAGAUCGCAGAAUCCCCUCUCUUCCGAUUCGACUGGUUCUUCCUCAGCCGUACGCCUGUUGAGCUCAGUCGGCGGUGUACGACACUGCUUACCACAAUCGUCAAGGAGUUUGAGGACGUUCAGCCAACCAAGAGCGCUAAUGGGGCGAACGGCAAGGUCAAGCGGGAUGCUGAUGACGACGAAAACGACGAGGAUAGUGUGUUGGGUAUGGCACCAUCCAAGAAGAAGUCGAAGAACGGAGUCAAGAACAAAGCGCUCGACAACAUCAAGUCAGAAGCAGGCAGCAAGAGUACUUCUGCAGCUCCUUCAAGGGCGUCAAGCGUCGCAUCCACCAAGUCAAAUGGGCCUUCCAAGUCCAAAGCCAAGGGAAAAAAGAAGUAA